AUGGGCAAGCAGAAGAAUGAAGGUGGCGACGGGGCGAUGGGAGGAGGAGGAGGAGGAGGAGGAGGAGGAGGUAAGGCCGGCGAGCAGAAGGACGGGCGGGUGGCGGUCGUCUUGAAGAUCGACCUGCAUUGCCGAGGUUGCGAAGCCAAAAUCGAGAAAUUCCUCAAGAAAUUCCCAGGUGUGGAGAAGACGAAGGUGGAUGGAGGGGCGAUGAAAGUGACGGUGGAAGGACACGUGGAUCCCGCGAAGCUGCGCGAGAAGAUGCAAGAGAAAACGAAGAAGAAGGUGGAGCUGGUGUCUCCACUGCCCAAGAGAGACAAGGGUCAGUCCAGCGACGAGAAGAAGAAAGCCGAUGAGGAGAAGAAGAAACCCAAAGAGCCUCCGGUGACGACGGUGGUUCUGAAGUUCAGUUGCCUCCACUGCGAGGGGUGCAUCCAGAAGAUCCGCAAGAUAAUCACAAAAACAAAAGGAGUUCUGGACGUGGACUUCAACAGGGACAAGGACACGGCCACGGUGAGGGGGGCCAUGGACGCCAAGGCGCUGGCGGAGAACUUGAGGGAGCAGAUGAAGAGGGCGGUGGAAAUCGUCCCGCCGAAGAAAGACAAGGAUGGCGGCGAGGCCAAGGACAAGGAAGGCGGCGGCGGCGGGAAGAACAGGAACGUCGGCGGCACGGAGGGCCAGCGGAUGGAGUACCAGGGGCCGUGCGGGUACGGAUACGGGGGCGGCGUGUAUUGGGAGCCGAUGCACUUGCACGCGCCGCAGCUGUUCAGUGAUGAGAACCCGAAUGCUUGCUCCGUCAUGUGAGAUGAGAGCUCUUUAGGCAGAGGAAAUUAGCAUUAGACAAGGAGAGAGAAUAGAGAAUACAGUUAAAAUGAAGAAGAAAAGAAGUGACACGUCGAUGAGGUUGAUCA